ACGACGAACCGCAGACGACCCGUACGCAAAACUCGGUCGUAGUUAGCCGCGUCGAAGGUAUCCGUCGGGUGGACAGGGGCCAAAACCACGCGACGUCGCUGUGGAACCCCUUUUGGUGAACUUGGUCGCGGUGUUGCAUACGCGUCCGGUGUUUUUUUUUUUCCUUUGCGUGGACGGUAGCUGUCAGUCGUCAGGGAUAGUGGCCGAGACACCACGCCGUUGGUAACGCGCGGCGCACGUCGCGGAGGAACGUUCCCGAGACACGUAGUACUCGGUGAACGGGACCGAGAGAAAGAUAAAAGUUGUCAUCGCCGAAAGGGAGGAUAAUGUGACCAGUGACCGACACCUGAAUCGGGUGGUGUGUCUCCGAUUGAAACGUGCGCGACAGCAGGUGGCGAGGUAGGGGACACUCCGGUGUGAGAGAGGUGCUAUGCACGAGGUCUGGUAGCACCGUGCCAAAAAGGAGGGUGAACAACGUGAUGACGGUGGACCGGGAGUGAGAAGGUGCACCGUGCUCUCGGUGUGCUCGUCCCUCUCUCUGAGAUGUCAGUGGACAUUCCGUCGAAGGCAACCGCGUCGUCGUUCCCGUCGUCGUCGUCGUCGUCGUCGUCAACGUCUUCGUCAUCAUGAGGAGAUCCUCUUACGUCAACUACUACGUCUUGUGCCUCGUGUGCUGGAUUCUCCUAGGCAUCACCGGGGUGAGCACAAGAUCUCAUUCGUUGGUGAAGAGGUUCGACGGGAUUUACACAGGGCCGUACUUCGACGCAAGCAACCCCAAGAACAUCACGGCCCAGUUGGGAAGGCAUGCCUACUUGCCGUGCAAAGUGCGGCAGCUUGGUAAUAAAUCGGUGGCGUGGGUCAGAAGAAGGGACUCGCAUAUCCUCUCCGUAGAUAGAACCAUGUUUAUCCCGGACGAAAGGUUCCAGGCGAUUUUCGUGGGCGCUGUGGACAGCUGGACGCUCCAGGUGAAGUACGUCCAGGAACGCGACGAAGGCGAGUACGAGUGCCAAAUCUCGACCGAUCCGAAGAAGAGUCACAUCAUCAAGCUGACCAUCGUCGUGCCAAAGAUCGAGAUCAUAGGCGAUCGCGACAUGUACGUGAAGACCGGAAGUACAGUGGCCAUACGGUGCAUGAUCAAACAGUCCCUCGAGGGACCGUUCUACGUCUUCUGGUACCACGAGGGCGACCGCGUCCUGGACAAUCAGUUGGGCAAGAUCGACAUCCAGACGGAGAGGAUCAAUAACGACACGAUCAGCAGUCUCGAAAUCCGCAACGCGAGGCCGGAGGAUUCGGGUAAUUACACUUGCAGCCCGAGCAGUUUGGACAGCGCGAGCGUGCAGCUUCACGUGUUGAAUGGCGAACAUCCCGCUGCUAUUCAGAGGGGGAUCAGCUCGGCACCGGGUGGCUGUCCGACGCUAUGGUGGUUGGCGGGCGUCGUGACGCUGUAUUCGAGUCACGGCAGCCGUCUGUUCGUCCUCGCCCUUCUGAUACUCAUGGUCCUUUAUUCGAAGAACCCGUCUUAUUUCGCGCCGGAACGAUAAUCAGGAACGAGAGGUGGAUGGUGUCGCAAGAUGAUCGAUUAUCACCUGCUACGAGACCCGGGAACACGCCUCGAGGAACGCUCCAGCGACGAGGAACGGGACGAAGAGGACGCGAGACGGCUUCUUCGUAAAGUGACUUCGCGAAGAUGACCGAGAAAAAAAAAAGAGAAACGCGACAAACCGCGAGAGAAAAGUCAGAUCGACGACGGUGGGGUUCGACUGGGUUAGGGUUCCUUUUGGCCAGCAAUUAGCAUUUCUUUUCUUUUCUCGUUUCUCUGCGGUACGUCGAGAGGGUUGAAACGCCAGUCGAUCGCUCCGAACAACAGAAUUUCACUUGUCGUUCAUUUCCUAGAGACGAUUUUGUAAUUCGGUCGAUCUCCAGCGACAAACAGCCGAUGAUCGCGCGCUGAAAACAUUCAUCUUCGACGCCCGAGUGUCUCGAGCUUGGGGACGAAAUCCUCGACGAUGAAGCGUCGAGUAGGAAUUUUUCGAACCAGCUGAAGAUCGGCUGGCGGACGCGAUCGAAUCGACAAACUCACGACGACGACGCCUGGCGUCCCGAUGGUACCGUUUUUUCUCUGUGUACGAAUGGCGGGCCCAACAAAGGUGAAGAGAAACGCGUUUCGCGCGUCGAGACAGUGUGAUCCGGCCGUUAGCAAUUAGGGGAUUAAUUACUCGCGGGGCUUCUCGUUGAAUCUUUCUUUGAAAUUGACGCGGGGGGAAAGGGAUGAACGACACGAAGCUCGUGAAUACAUUUCCCCUUCUCCGGUGGAAUGAACGCGGCAAGAAUUUUUUAUAGGAAUUAUAAUAUUAAAAAAAAAACUACGAUCUUCCACGAAACUCGUACGAUAGCGUCUUUUGUAUUCUCAUCGUUUGAAUCGAUCGUUUCAAUAAUCUCUGUAAAUCACGCGAAAUCAUUGUACAUAUAUUCGUCUAACAAUAGCAUUGAAAAGGAGAGCGUACGAAACGGUCCCAUAACGCAGUGCCUCCCAACUGUCGUGAGAAAAUUUAUAAUAAAUGAAUUAAAGGAGUUUGUUCGCUAAAGUCUUCAUCGUUUGAAAAUAUUGCAGAGAGCACUUUUAUGCCAUUUUCUGCUGACAGUGGAACGAAUUAUAAAACAAUCAUUGAAUUUUAUGAACUUUAAUGUCCCAAUUGGUUUAUGCAAGCAAAUGUAUAACGUACAACGACUCCUAGAGGUUACUGUGAAAGUAUUUAGUGAUAUAUAAUUAAUUAAUUAUAAUUUCAAGAGGGAAGCAAAAUUGCGAACUAUUAGUAUCUUGGAACGCUUUCAGAAUUUCUCAAAAUUCCACUGUUCGCAUAUUACUAAAUAUUUCUAGGUAAUCUUCGCUAAAUCUAACAAAUAUUUGGCUCAACCACAGGUGUCGAAGACGUAUUAUACCCACUUUCGUAGACUAAUUAACGUAUUAAAACUGCCAAAUUAACAUAAAUGAAAGAUUACUUGAAAAACUAUAAAUUCUCCUGAAAAUACAAGAAUUAUGUUAAAGAAACAGUCCCACGAAUUUCAUUAAAAAAUUUCAUUCUUCUUGAAAGCUACUCUUUAAAGAAUACAAUUUAUUUUAAUUACAAAUAUUUGUUUAGAAUUUUAAAUCACUGCAAAUUCCUCGCUAUUUGGAAAAGAGUGCACAAACGUUAAUCUCCUCUCUAACAAUAGUGUUUAAUAUCCACCUCCGAUUGUUUUGAAACGAUUAGAGUCUUACAAGACUCAAAACGUGUCGUGACGCAAACAAAAAUUUGGGAAGCACUGGCACAGUAGAAGACGACCGAAACGCAAGUUCGAAACUGAAUCCCCCCUUCUUAUUCAUUAUUCAUCAUUGUCAAAAGUGUUUCGCGAUCUUCGUGUCUUUCUCGCCAGGAAGCCAAACAGCAACGAAGUCUUCGUGAUCGAUCGCGGGAUUCUGUCGAGGACAUCGGGAGGGUUUCGUAGUUUCUUUCACAUCGAGAUUAACUCGACAACGCGCGAGUGUGAUUCUAGAAGAAAGGAAUGGGGCAGGGUAGGGGGUAGUAGGGUGCGGGUGGCGGUGACGUAACGAAAGAAAGCGCGGGGAAAAGAAUACGCCGACAGAACUUCGUCCGCGCCGCUCGAUAGAAUUGAAACUUGUUCGAUGAAUUUUUUCGAAUGUGAUUAAUUAUAUUCGAAUAGAGGAACGAUUAGCGAAAACGUGUCUAUACUCGACUGUCUACCACGCGUACGCUUUCGAAUCGUUUCGAACUGCGACGUCUCGAUGACAAUCGAAACGACUGGCGAGUGUACGUCUUUACGAAACUUUCCAUCCCCUUUUCUAUAUGUAUACAAAUUUUUUCUUCGUUGUUCCUUCUUUAUCUACAUCAACGAAAUACGACGCACAAUAGGGGAAGACCGUUGGGCUCUGUUUCCAACUUUGGACCAGCGUUUCCCAAAUACUGAUCACGUAUAAACGAUCCAUGUAAAAUUAUAUUUAAAUUACCCGCUACGGGCUAGCUUAAUUUUCAAAUCAAAUGUUAUCGACAUUUUAUUAAAUAAUUCAAUUCACCUUGUUGUAUGUCUUCUUAUCAACCAAUAGCAUUAUUUAUGAAUGCUUUAGGAAGUCAGGUACGAAAAUAGAAAAUAAAAAAAUCAUUUUGCCAGGAAUAUAAACGUACACCUAUGUUAGAUAUAAAUUGUUUCGUGGAAUUGCAUGUCACUUCAAAGUUACAAAACAUAUUCAUCAGAAGAAAACCGUCGAAAUUGUUGAACUUUUUAUUAAUCGAUAUUCGCAAGUUGAUAUCUAUUGAUUCUACGUUCCAUAAUUUUUGUCAUUCCAAAUAGCCACGAAAGAAUGGAAACGUACUCCGUAAAACAUAUUGUAAAAUGAAAAGUGUGACGUGGCUGAAAAGUUUGGGAAACGCUGCCUUGGACGCAUUUCUGGAGCGAAGUCACACUUAGGGUUGUCAUCUAUCGAACAGGAAAAACUGGGACGCGUCAAAAGUAAAUAAAAGAGUAAGGUCAAAGCAUAAGUUUUCUUUCGUGCGUAUUUCUCGUAGCACCUCCCAACUUCAUCCAUUGCUGCUGCAAAAGGAAGCAGAGAAAUUUUGUUCGCAAUAUACGAAUAAAAGUACUUCUGCUUGAAUAAAUUCUACGGAGACUCCAUUUUUGUUAUCAGUAAUUUGCUUAAACUGCAUGACAACAUUUUAAAUAUACGAUCAUAUAUAAAUAUAUGUUAGAAAUUUUAUUUUCAUCAGACAAAGUUUCAGAUUAAUAUUUAUAUAAAAUUUCCUAAUUCAUAUAUUGACGAGAGUCUACAAUGCUAUCUCAGUAACAGAUAACGAUAGAGUAGAUGGCAACCCUGAUGACGGUGGGAUACACAAGAAAAAUGAAAGUACGGUCCAUACGACGACUGAAAAGAAAACGUAACAAUUUUUUUAACAUCGAUCGUUCGAGCAUUCAAAUUUCAGAAUGCAAUCGCCAUUUUGGUUUCCUAUUCCGAACGAGGCGUUGACAAUUUACCGAGUACGAUAAAAAUAUCGCUCGUAUACAUGCACAUGACGUUCGUGGCUGACUCGUAGAUGCGACAUUUUAUUUAUGGAAAAUCGUUUCCUUCCUGUCCUCAGAGAAUCGAACGAAUAUUUAAAGAUUAUCGAGGGGUCUUUGGUUGGCCUCGGUUAAAGUAACGGAAACAAGUUUAAUGGUGAAUCAUUGGUGACUCUACCGCACCUUUAUCGUACGUUUAUUCUCGGAGGAAAUGACAAGAUCAAUUCUCGUCCAUCGAGGAACCAUUCAUAUCAAACGACGAGGUCGAACCUCCAUAUCACAGUUUCUUGCAGUUCCUUCAAUAUUCUAACGUCAAACUAAACCUGAGAUCGCGACGGUUUGAGAGAUCGGCUCUGCGAAGUGUCAUUUACUCUAUGAAUCACUGCCUAUAUUGCCGACACUGCCUUGUAUUAUUUUCUGGUUGAGAAAACAUUGUAAAUAUGUGUGUAUAAGACGUACCGAAUGCCUCGCGACGAUCCACGGUGACAGAUGCUUCGGUAUUCGAAGCGUAUUGAGUAUAGACACGAGCCAACAAAAGGUGUUAUAUAUCCGUGCACGCUCUCUCAAAAUUCGGAACGGAAUGGGUCUUGCGGAAAUCACAGGCCAAGGGCAGAAGGAGUCUUCGACGCAAAAUUCGCUGCAACAUUCACAUUAAAAACACGAUUUAGAGCAAAAAUUCAAGAGAGAUCACGAUUUCCGUGCCGCAGCGGUUUGACCGUGUCAAGUAUCACGCCGCGAAAAUUCUGAUCGUGCUAAAAUUCGGAUACGACGAAUGCUAACUUGGACGCUCGACACGGUACCGACAAUACAAUCGUUUCAUCAUUCCUGCCAAUCGAAAAUUUCGAAACUUGUCGGAGCAACGAGCUCCAAGUCGAUGAGCUCAUCGAUGUACGAAUAGGAAGGCAAUCGUUCGUACUUUCGCAGGUUCUCACCUACUCCGCGUGUCGUCUUUCAGAUUUUAUCGAUACAUCGCGAUGUCGACUAUCGGCUCAGACCCGAGCCGUUUUACGCAUGUUCGGCUCUAUAAACGUACUUACAGCUUUUCGAAUCGUUUGAAAGGGGGUUGCCGAUUGCACCAGGUAUGAAAGAAGUACUCGAUGAAGUUCCACCUUUGUGCCGGUCGUAAUGAAAUCAAUUACGGUAAGAAUUUAUUUUUCUGUUUUCCGAAAUAGUGAAAGUGGAACGUGACAGGUAAUCGUAAUUUCUUGCGAAUAAAUUCCUGGUGUAUCGUUACGACUAUACUGAAUUUAUGACGACUGAAACACUACCAAAUAGGGGUAGUUACGUUCACAAGAGAAUAUACCUGCCACUCUUCGCUUCUCUCAUUUCCACAAAACAAAAAACAGUAAUUUCUCGUCAUAAUUGAUUUCAUCGCGACUCUCGAACGCAUCACCAUUUUAACGAAAAGAAAGACAUGUCGGAAAGAGCUUAAGCAAAAUUGUCCUUUCUAAAACGGAAGGGUUGGCGACCCCGGUCUAAGACGACUCGUGAAUUUGCUUUUUUCUCGCAGAAGCUAGAGGGUACUGUUUUUUAUAUUCUAUAUAUAAAUAUAUAUAUAUACAAACGAGACAGAACAGAAAUAUAUAUAUGUAUAUAUAUAUGUAUAUGUGUGUACGUGCGCGAAUACGUCGCACAACUGUGUUGACAUAUUGAACAAGUUUCAGCUCGACGCGAGAAAGCGGCGCAAAACAGACGCCGUGGUGAUUCGCCGGGGUUACAGUGGUGGUUAAAAGUUUAGAAUAACAAAAGAACGUUUCGCAGGAGCGUACGCGAGGACGUGAUCGCGACGGAGAAACUGUGAAUAAUCGCGAUGAAAGUGAAAGAAUUAGAGAGGAGAAGAAAACGGUGCGCGAGAGAAUAUUUCGGGAUUAGUUGAACGAAACGAACGAUUCGUUUAGAAUAUCUACGAUUCAUGUGAUUGUAAAUACAUAGUAUAUAAAUAACGUAACGUUAAUUAACGAUAUGCCGUACGUGUUACACUAAAGAAACAAAAAAAAAAAAAUGAAUAAAUAAAUAACGUUACUGUGUAAUUUUUCGGAUCGUAAACGCAUUCGAAUGUGGGUCUGGCCGCUCGUGCUAACCGACUAGAGUUCGUUUUUCGGGGCAACAGCUGACUAUGGAUUAAAACGACGCAAACGGGGGCUCCUUUGAUCUUUCGUCGCUCGCUGAAACACGCGUUUAACGAACUUCACGCCGUGGUCUUUCGUUCUCUCAUUUGGCGAGCGAAUGAGUGAACUUGUGUCACCAGAUAAUAAUUCUCGAAGAAGGUAUCCUUGAUGAUUUCAGAUAUUGGAAUUCUACUCACGACAUAUUCGUUCGAUACAUUCACAUAUUAAUUUAGUCGUUGAUCUUGUUCGAUUAAAACUUGCAAAACACUGGUACCGUUGCAUACACGAAACGUAAUAUUAUACUUAAUAGCCUAUUAAUUUCGAGGAGUACUCCCCGAAUCGAUUUCCAUAAAGAAUCGCAGCAGGAGGGAACGAAAGAAUGACAAACAAAUGGAAAGAAACUAAAAAAGAGAGAGAGAGGGAAAAGCGUAGCGAGAAAGAAAUGGAGCGAAUGGGAGAUGUAGAAGGUUGCACCGGCGGGUAUGCUUUUUCUGGCGCGUCGGUGCAUCGAGACAACAAAAAGGAGUGCAGCUGCGAGCAGCCGCGCUCCUGGAUAGCACGGGCCGGCCACACGCGACUAAAUAGAUGUAACACUAAUUAACGCCUAGCGUAAGAACUAACGGAUAUAAAUGGAGGAUAUAUUGUCUGACAUAAUAACCAGGUGUGAAAGUACACGCGUAUACGUGAAGCCCGCUGCAAGCGGUCAUUGUAUGCAAUGACGUAACUAGGGGUGUGCGGCGUGAGCUCCCCCGACUGUGCAAAAUACAAAAACCAAACGUAACAUCGGUUCAACUAUGAUUUUUGUAAAUGUAACGAAUUCUGUAACGCGUGAUAUUUUUGGUAUGACGAGCAAACGGAAAAUAGGGUGUGAUUGUUUAAUAAGUAAACAAAAUCAUUUCGAUUUUCUAGGAAAUUACGUAUUUCAAUUCGCUUAUUAUCGUUCCAAGAGUUUACGAAGAGAUCGUUAACGAACUGAAGCAUCGAUUUAUUAAAAAAUGAUACGCUGUUCCGACUUCUUCUCGUCAUUUUUGAAAAGAUUCACGCGUACUGAAACAGUUAUACGAUUUUUAAACGUUAAGUUGAAUACCGAGUACGGGGAAGUCCCGUAAUUGUUUCGCCAGAAAUAUCUUGUACCAACGUUUUAUUUAAUUAACGCUACAGAAGUUUCGUUAUUAUUUUCGAACAUUAGAGGAAUUAUUUUUCCUCCGAAAGGGCUCCUCGUAGAUUUAAGCUCAUGGGCCCCAGGACGGUUACGCCACUGGCUGUGUGUGUAUGUAUGCGAGGCGCGAUGCAUGUAAAUCGAGAGCGAGGGAGAGCGAGUGAAAGAGUAAAUAGUUGAGAAAGGGAUGCGUAUACAGGCAGAAGGAGAGAGAGAGAGAGAGAGAGAGAGAGAGAGAGAGAGAGAGAGAAAUAAGAAGAGAAAAAG